AUGCCUUACUAACCCACCACAAACCAACCUGCAUAAAAGGUCUUCUUCAACCUCUGCUCUCUCAAAGCAAAGCACCAUUUCUAAGUAUUUUUUCUCAGACCCCAACACUACCAUUUUUACUGUUAGUCACUAUCACAUUCCAUCUUUCAUUGGAUAAACUCUGAAUGGAAUCUUUAAGCAUUUUCAAGUUCUGGCGAAAUGUCACCGGAGAUUCCUUCAGAAAUAACUCCAACGAUGAAACUGAUGACGAAGAAUCGUUCUUCGAUUUGGUUUUCACGUCGUCUGGUUGCACCAAUAACGAAGAAGUAAGAAAGGAGUUUCAUUUCGUUGAAUCCCCGAGAGAUGUUUUCAUGACCGAGAAAAAUUUAUCAAUGGAUUCUGGUUCAAAGCUGUUAUCGCCUCCGACAUCGUUACAGAAACCGGGGCCGACCUUUAAAGUCUUCACGCUGGGGUUUAGAGAGUUGGAGAAAAGUGAAUUCGGCGACGAGUUAUCUGCGAGUCCAUCAACUCGGUUCUCGAGAUCACCCAAAAAUGAACAGAGCAAUCGCUUCACCGUGAAAUGCAAAUCUGAUGAAGUUCCGGUCGCCCCAUUUCUCAGCAGAGACAACAGUUUGAGAAGCAAAUUGACUAAAGAGUCCUCCGAGGAAGCUAAUAUAAAGCAAUCUGUUCCCAAGUAUUUGAAGCUGAUAAAGCCUCUGUAUGUUAAGGUAUCAAAACGACAAAACGAGAAAUCGAAGUUCUCUAAUUCCGUAGCACCGUUAUGUUCACCAGUGAGGGAGCCAGUAAAUCUCUCGCCGAGGAAAUUGUCUGACAGCAGCAGAGUGGGUAGUUUUAAGAUUGUAACUAAGCAUUUAGCAAAAAGCCGAUCGGCCUCCGCUGCCGUCGGUUUGUCACCGUCGUCGAUUAGCCGGAGAGAUGACUCGCUAUUGCAACAGCAAGAUGAAGGAAUCCAAGGCGCCAUCCUUCAUUGCAAGAAAUCCUACAGCUCUUCGUUAAGAGAACUUAACCUUCACAAUCGACUAACAUUAGAUUUUAUGACUCUUGAUUUACAGAAUGUUCCCAGUUAUCACGGUUACUCCAUGAUAAAUGUUAGGCUGUAG